AUGGGUGUGUACCUUAGUGCUGCUUCCCACCGCUCACACUCAAGUGCAACAGACUUGGCGAUGUACACUGUGGUCACAUCGAUGCUGACCCCCUUUAUCUAUAGUCUGAUGAAUAAAGACAUUAAGAGACCUCUGAAAAUACUCUUUUGUUUCACAUCUGACCACUCCUCAAACAGAUUUCCUCAUGAGCCAGCACUUGGUCAGAUCGUUCUCAUUAAACACUUUCUAAAUUUCAAAAUGAUUGUAGUCCUCCUAAACCCUAAACUGACCAGCUGCAAUGUGAGCCCCACUUCUCCAAUGGAGAGUGAUGAGGCAUCCAAGUAUGAUUCAGAGUUAAUGAGGAAGACCAAGAGUGAGAAUUUCUUGCAAAUAACAUCUUGCAAUAGCAGGGGAAAGACGCUUUGGUCUGGCCAGUUUACAUUCACUGAUUGCCUCAUUGGUGUGUCUAGGAGUCACGACCAUCCCACGGAACCAAUGAACAGCACAAAAUGUUUAGAAUUUCUACUUUUGGGAUUUUCAGAGGAACCAAAAGUGCAGCCCCUAAUAUUUGGACUCUUCCUCUCCAUGUACCUGAUCGCUGUCUUUGGAAACCUGCUCAUCAUCCUGGCCACCACCUCAGACUCGCACCUGCACACCCCCAUGUACUUCUUCCUCUCAAUCCUCUCCUUUACAGACAUCUGUCUCACCUCCACCACCGUCCCAAAGAUGCUGGUGAACAUCCAGACACAGAGCAAGGUCAUCACCUAUGCAGGCUGCAUCACCCAGAUGUUCUUCUUCCUUCUCUUUGUAGUGUUUGAUGACUUACUCCUGACUGUGAUGGCCUAUGACCGGUAUGUGGCCAUCUGUCACCCCCUGCACUACUCUGUCAUCAUGAACCCCUGGCUCUGUGGGCAACUGGCUCUGGCAUCCUGGACCAUAGGUGCCCUGCAUGCAUUAUUACAUAGCCUAAUGGCUUUGAGGCUGUCCUUCUGUACACGUGUGGAAAUCCCCCACUUCUAUUGUGAUUUUACUAAGCUGGUUCAUCUUGCCUGCUCUGAUGCCUUUAUUAAUGACAUGGUAAUGUAUUUUACAUCUCUGCUGCUGGGUGGCGGUCCACUCUCUGGGAUCCUUUAUUCUUACUGUAAGAUAGUUUCCUCCAUUCACACAAUUCCAUCAGCUCAGGGGAAGCACAAAGCAUUUUCCACCUGUGCCUCUCACCUCUCAGUUGUCUCAUUAUUUUACUGCACAGGUCUGGGUGUGUACCUUAGUUCCGCUGCUACCCACAGCUCACACUCAAGUGAAAGAGCCUCGGUGAUGUACACUGUGGUCACCCCCAUGCUGAACCCCUUUAUCUACAGUCUGAGGAAUAAAGACAUAAAGAGGGCCCUGAAAAGAUUAUUUGGAGCAAAGGAUAAAAGGACUGAUUUUUCUUGA